GAAGCUUCGUUCUCUCCCUCUCUAGUAAGUUAGAUUAAUUUUCCUAUCUUCAACUUUUCUCAUCGAUUGAUUUCGCUGUUCCAGUACCAUGUAAUCGCCCCCUUGACUCAGAUCUGAAAUUAUGCUCAUGUUUGAAUUAUAGUCAGGUGAAUAGAACUGAUUCUCGAUCGAUUCUUCCUUCAUACUUUGUGUGAGAUGAUGAUGAUAACGUUUCAUUUAAAUAUAUUUUUUUCCUGAGAUAAAAUCUUCUCAGCAAUCAGAGGAUCUAUCAUGUAUAUAUAGUCUCCUGGAGAUUAUCGAUCUCUGCUGCACAGAUUCAUGGGGAAAGGAUCAGAAGAUCUCGGGGAAGAAGGAAAGCUUGAGAUCUACAUCCUUAAAGUCUGAUACAUUUCCUGCUUGGUCUAAAACUGUUGGUGAAUGCGAAGAGAAUUUCGGAGUUAGUCGUGAGAGAGGCUUAACUACUGAAGAUGUGUUGAAGCGUCGUCAGCUCUAUGGCUUAAACGAGCUGGAGAAGCCUGGGGGCACUUCUAUUUUUAAGUUGAUAUUGGAGCAGUUCCAUGACUCGUUGGUUUGUAUUCUCUUGGCGGCUGCCGUUAUCUCCUUUGUGUUAGCCUUCUUUGAUGGGGAGGAAGGAGGCGAGAUGGGGAUCACUGCGUUUGUUGAGCCGCUUGUGAUUUUCUUGAUCUUGAUGGUUAAUGUCAUUGUUGGGAUCGGGCAAGAGACUAAUGCCGAGAAGGCGUUGGAAGUUUUGAAGGAGAUUCAGUCUCAGCAAGCGACCGUUAUGCGCGAUGGGAAUAAAGUUUCUAGUUUGCCUGCUAAAGAGCUUGUUCCUGGGGAUAUUGUGGAGCUCAGGGUUGGUGAUAAGGUCCCCGCUGAUAUGCGUGUGGUGGCUUUGAUUAGUUCCACGCUGAGAGUCGAGCAAGGCUCUUUGACAGGAGAGAGCGAGGCGGUUAGUAAGACCACUAAGCAUGUGGAGGAGAAUGCUGAUAUUCAAGGGAAGAAAUGUAUGGUGUUUGCAAGAACCACUGUUGUGAAUGGGAAAUGUAUGUGCUUAGUUACUGACACUGGGAUGAGUACUGAGAUUGGAAGGGUGCACUCGCAGAUUCAGGAAGCUGCGCAACACGAGGAAGAUACUCCUCUGAAGAAGAAGGUUAACGAGUUCGGAGAAGCUCUGACGAUGAUCAUUGGGUUGAUUUGUGCGUUAGUGUGGCUCAUCAAUGUCAAGUACUUUAUCUCCUGGGAGUAUGUUGAUGGCUGGCCUAGAAACUUCAAGUUCUCCUUCGAGAAGUGUACCUAUUACUUUGAGAUUGUUGUGGCGUUAGCGGUUGCUGCGAUUCCUGAAGGUCUUCCGGCGGUUAUUACCACGUGUUUGGCUCUUGGGACGCGGAAGAUGGCUCAGAAGAACGCUCUGGUUAGGAAGCUGCGCAGUGUGGAGACUCUUGGAUGCACAACGUUUAUAUGCUCUGAUAAAACUGGAACUCUGACAACCAAUCAUAUGGCUGUUUCAAAGCUUGUUGCUAUGGGUUCUAGAGUUGGAACGCUUAGAUCUUUCAAUGUUGAGGGGACCUCAUUUGAUCCACGAGAUGGGAAUGGACGCUAAUCUUCAGAUGAUUGCGAAAAUUGCUGCCAUUUGCAAUAACGCUAAUGUCGAGCAAUCUGACAAUCAGUUUGUUACUAGGGGCAUGCCUACCGAGGCAGAUUUAAAGGUUUUGGUUGAUAAAAUGGGAUUUUCCGAAGGAUCCACUAAAGUCUCGACUUUGGCUGAUGGCGAUGUUUUACGUUGUUGUCGGCUAUGGAGUGAACUAGAGCAACGGCUUGCCACUCUUGAGUUCGACCGGGACCAGAAAUCAAUGGGAGUUAUGGUUGAUUCCAGCUCAGGAAGGAAACUGCUACUUGUGAAGGUCUGUUUUUCUUCAUUUAGCAUAUUAUUUUGGAUAAUCAUUUUUUUAAUCUAUAAUUAUGUGGCUUGUGUUUUGGUUCGCAUGGACGCUUGUUAUUAGUUGGAAAAGCAUGUGUACAAACUGGAGGGCUCUUGUUCUCGAGGAGUCCUCAAGAUCUUUCUCUUGUUUCUUUACUUAUUUUUUCUUUAUUCGACGU